UAAAAAUCCAAAAAAGUCAAUUUCACAAAGUUAAAAAUAUUCCGGAUGUUCCUCACCAAAUAGUGUCCUUACCGGAAUUGGAUAUGACAGAAAGAAAAUUUUUUCAAUUUGUCAAGAGUGGAGACGUAAAUGAAUUAAGAACUUUCUUAUCGAAUAAUGAACUCAAUAUAAAUUGCGUUAAUUAUCAAGGUCUUUCUGCGCUUCAUAUCGCAGUCGAAAAUGAAAACGUCGAGAUGAUUCAGUUCUUACUUACCAUACCGGACAUAGACAUAAAGGAUUGUGUUCUUCAUGCCGUAUGCACAGGAAAUAUAAAAAUUAUAGAGAUGAUAUUGGAUUCUCUUAAGGAGAGAAAUUUGGAAUUUCAGAGUUGUUGUAAGAGCAUAGAAUUUGAUUACGGCAUGACACCUCUUAUACUGGCUGCUCAAAGAGGUUCUAUUGAAAUAAUUCGACUUCUGUUAAAAAGGAAUCACCGUAUACCCGAACCGCAUUUGCCUACAUGUAAAUAUUAAUUAAUAUAUUUAUUGAGCUGCAAUUUAAUAAACUGUAGUCCUACAAAUUCCCACUGUCGUCCGAUUGUCUGUCCGUCUGUCUUUCCUUAUUCUCGAGAACUG